AUGGAAAACGGCGGCGGGCACAAGGUGCUCGAUGCCUUCGACAGCUCCAAGACUCGCCCUUUUCACUUCCGCGCGAUUGUUAUCGCGGGGAUGGGCUUCUUCACGGACGCCUAUGACCUGUUCAGCAUCUCCCUAUGCACCAAGCUGCUGGGAAGACUGUAUUAUUUUGAAGGCAACAAAGAUCGCCCGGGUUCGCUGCCCCCCAAUGUAUCUGCUGCCGUCAAUGGCGUCGCUCUUUGUGGCACUCUAGCCGGCCAACUGUUCUUCGGGUGGCUCGGCGAUAAGGUAGGGAGGAAGACGGUGUACGGGUACACCCUGAUUAUGAUGGUUAUCUGCUCCAUCGCCUCCGGUCUCUCCCUGACGACUGAGCCCAAGGCUGUGAUGACGACCCUUUGCUUCUUCCGCUUCUGGCUUGGCUUCGGCAUUGGCGGCGACUACCCACUGUCGGCCGUCAUCAUGGCUGAGUACGCCAACAAGAAGACGAGGGGCGCGUUCAUAUCUGCCGUCUUUGCCAUGCAGGGGUUCGGCAUCCUGGCCAGCGGGAUCAUCUCCCUCAUGGUUUCCGCUGGGUUCAGGCACAAGUACCCAGCCCCGGCUUACCAGGACGACAUGGUGGCUUCGACCGUGCAUCAGGCCGACUACGUGUGGAGGAUCAUCCUCAUGUUCGGCGCCGUCCCUGCAGCUCUCACGUACUAUUGGAGGAUACGGAUGCCGGAGCCGCCGAGAUAUACGGCUCUGGUGAAGCACGAUGUGGAGCGAGCAGAGCGAGAUGCACAGAAGGUGAUAGGGAGAGAAAGGUUCGCUGUAGAAGCAAACUUGGAGCAAGAGCACAGGCCGAGAGAGAGGCAACCUGUUGGAGUAGCCGAGGAAUGGGGCCUCUUUAGCCCAGAAUUCGCUCAGAGGCACGGCUUACAGUUGGUGGCCACAACCACCACAUGGUUCCUCCUUGACAUUGCUUUCUACAGCCAGAACCUGUUCCAGAAGGACGUCUUGACUAACGUGGGGUGGAUCCCUAAAGCCAAGACCAUGAAUGCCAUCGAAGAGGUAUACAGGAUUUCACGCGCACAGACCCUGAUUGCUCUCUGCGCCACAAUUCCCGGCUACUGGGUCACCAUCGCGCUCAUCGACAUCAUCGGCCGAGUUACUAUACAGUUGAUAGGCUUCUUCUGCAUGACCGUGUUCAUGUUCGCUCUUGCCAUCCCCUACGACCACUGGAAGCAGAAGGACAACCGCAUCGGCUUCGUGGUGAUGUACUCCCUCACCUUCUUCUUUGCCAACUUUGGUCCCAACACCACCACCUUCGUUGUUCCAGCGGAGGUUUUCCCGGCAAGGGUGAGGAGCACCUGCCACGGCAUCUCCGCUGCCUCCGGCAAAGCUGGUGCUAUUAUCGGCGCAUUCGGGUUCCUCUACGCUGCGCAAAGCAAGGACAAGACCCAGACCGACCCAGGCUACCCACCUGGUAUUGGUAUCAAGAACGCCCUCAUCGUCCUGGGGGUGACCAAUGCUCUCGGCUUCUUCAUCAGUUGGGUGCUUCCUGAACCCAAAGGCAAGACGCUCGAGGAAGCGUCAGGAGAGACAAACCCUAAGCAGGUGAAGAGCAAGUUGAUGACAAGGUAG